GAUAGUUAACUCCAUCUUAGUAGGUGGCGGUAAUGCACACAUACGCCAUUAAACCGAAGAAGAAGAAGAAGAAGAAGAAGAAGAAGAAUGUUUGGUAACAGCUUGUUGUGUAAGCGCUUGUAUAAGAGCCAUGGUUUACACUGUGCAGCCUGCAGAGUAGAGAAACCAGACAAGCGUCCUCGGUGAUGGGACUGUAGUUAAAGACUAGCUUGUGCUCUAUUUCCUGUUUUGGACCGGGCUUCAUUUUUUUCCGAACGAAAUGCCUGAGGGACCAGAGCUCCACCUGGCCAGCCUUUAUGUGAACAAAAUGUGCAAAGGAGUGGUGUUCACUGGAACCGUCAGAAAAUCUGAUGUCAGCAAGAGUGCUGAUGUGCCCUUCACCUGUGAGGCUUUUCGCAUCACUGCCACAUCCAGAGGGAAGGAAGUGAAGCUCACACUGACGCCAAUGAAGAGUGAUGAUGCAAAAAAGAGCGUGAAGGCAGGACACGCAGACCAGCCCAUGGAGAUAGUCUUUCGCUUUGGGAUGUCAGGCUUUUUCCGCUUCACCGCAGAGGAUGCGCUUCCCAAACAUGCCCAUCUGCGUUUUUAUUCCAAAGAGACGCCCUGCAGAGUGCUGAGCUUUGUGGAUGCACGCAGGUUUGGCAGCUGGCAUCCCAAUGGGACGUGGCAGCCUGACAGAGGGCCUUGCAUCAUGUUUGAGUACGAAGGCUUCAGGGAGAAGAUAGUGUCCCACCUGUCCGACCGUGCCUUUGACAGGCCCAUCUGUGAAGUUCUGCUCAAUCAGAAGUACUUCAACGGUAUCGGCAACUACCUGAGGGCUGAAAUCCUUUUCAGGUUGAACAUCCCACCCUUUGUGCCCGCAAGGACUGUUUUGGAAGGCCUGAAGUCAGAAGAUGUACUUGAAAACAAAAAAAUGGUGAAAAUUGAGAUCACAGACACAAAGACCUCAGACGGAGUAAAACAGAAACCAGUGAAAGGGGAGACGGGUGACCUGCUCAGACUGUGUCACACAGUACCUCUAGAGGUGGUCAACCUAGGUGGGAAGGGCUAUGAUCCCGAGAAGGCAGACUACUCUGACUUUAAGGCAUGGCUGCAGUGUUACUACGUAGAUGGAAUGAAAUCAAUACGGGACCACAACGGCAGAACUAUGUGGUUCAAAGGAGAUCCAGGCCCCAUGGCACCUAAAGAUUCAAAGUCACCCAAGGCCAAAAAGAGAGCCAAGAAAGAAGAUGACCACGAUUACACAGAAAAGAAAAAGGUGGCCAGGAAGAGCUCUGCAAGCACACCAAAGAAGAAUGUGGUGAAAAAGGAAACUGUGACCAAAACACCAAAGAAAGAAACGGAUGCACAUUCAAAGGAAGCCGUAUCCAAGAGAAGAAAGGCCCGGGAAGUAAACACACCUCGCCAUGAACAGAGAUCAGCACCACGUGGGAAGAAAAGCAGCAGCAAUGCAGAGCCACCUGCAGGUCCACAGAGGCGGAGCGAGAGAGUGACCAGGCAGAACAGCAAAUAAAAGGAAAAAGGAGGCACCACUGUUUGGGAUGUAUGUUUU